AUGAUAUCAGUGAUUCCAAUUUUCUUUGUGAUAUGUGCUUUGUGCUGUCUCCGUUGUUGGAAGUGGCUAAAGGGCUUGUUUCAUGUCUCACGUGUUGAGUCAGUAGAAAAUCCCAAGGAAGCGCAACUUGGAAAAGAUAAAGAUCUUAGCCAAUAUGUUUUGCAACUUGAAGAUGACAUGGAGUUUGCUGAGAGAACCUUGAAAGGCAUUUUAAAAUCUGUGAACCAUUUGAUCCGAAAGGCUGAAAAACAACAACCCAAACAUCUUAUCAAGCUGCUUGCAGAAUCUAGAGGAUUUGAUGGGGUUGAAAAUUUUGACAGCCAUCAUGUCCAGCCUUUACUUUCACAAGAAUAUCCUAACUGUUGGAGCUUACCAUUGGUAACUCUCACAACAAUCGCUAUGUCUCUUCCUAACAUCCAAAAGAAUCUAGUUGAUUGCUUGCUGAUUCGUGGUGUGAGUGAAGGUCUUGUAUAUGUCAAACUUGUUGAAGAAAGCCUGAAUGCUACUGAUGACCAUGUAUGGAUUCAAAAGGCUGCUCAAACGUUGUGGGUAGAAGUUGAAGUCUACAACAAAUGGUUAGGCAACAAGUUGCAAAACCCUGAUUCUCAACUGCAUACAGCAGGACAGAUUCUCCAGUUAUUGAGGGAUAAAGCUAAAAGCAUGGUUAUGGAGGCGGAAGGUACUAGUAUUGGAGUCUCAAAUGAUAAUACCAAACGAAGGUCUAUUUCUGCCAACUCAAUGUAUCGUAUCGCUGAAACAAUGCUUCUUUCUUACCACACCAACAUUGACGAACUUAGCCAAGAGGAACUAUUUGUGCAGCUAUCAUUAAUGAUUUCUGAUAUAUUGGCUGCAUGUCUCACCAACUUACCCCAUGUCAUAUUAAUGAAAUGCCACACAAGUGUCGUAGAAAGAAGGGAGUCGAGUGUCCAUGCUGCAGCUCAGCUUCUCGGUGAGAUUAUACAGAUAAUCAACACCCUUCAAGAACGUGAACUUCCAAGUUUGAGUCCAGCCGAGUUAGCAUCUAUUGACAAGUGGCGUGCUUACUUAAAGAAUCCCUACCCUUAA